AGUGGGUGCUUUUCUGCAGCUCUGCGACUCGGGACACCUGGCUUUGACACUGUCUUUCUGUGUGUCCUUGAACAAGUUCUCUUUGUGCUGACCUCCUUUGUUAAGUGCUCUGGUUUCUGCUGAUGAAAGAUGGUGUUGUAUGAGAUAGAUACUUCUAAGAGACUAAAUGGAUUGCAGAGCUUUUGAUUUAAACACUCUGGUGAGCUUGAUGUCUUCUCUGCGAUUUGCUGUGGCACUUCACAAGGCAGUCUGAGUGUGUUUUGCUCUGAGGUUUGCUCUGCGCUCUCCUGUGUGCAUCAGGGCCCGGGCCCUUUCUCUUCGGAAGCAUUCCGUAAAGGGGAUGCAGCUCUGGAAAUGUGCGUUGUGCCUGGGCAGCGUGGUGGUUUCCAGCAGAUUUCUCUGUUGUCUUCCUAUGAAGUUAUAAUUCCACAGAGGUUAGGAAGAGAACGACGAGAAGCCUCCAGUGUCUCCUCUGUACAGGACAAGGCAUCAUAUGCUAUUGAGAUAGAGGGAAAAGAAUACACAAUUCAUCUAGAAAAGAACAAAGAAUUGCUGCCCAAAGAUUUCACAGUGUAUACGUAUAAUAAGGAGGGGAAGUUGCAAUCUGAAAAACCAGAUGUCCAGGAUCACUGCCAAUAUCAGGGAUAUGUGGAGGGCAUCCUGGAUUCUGUCGUUGCUGUCAGCACUUGCUCGGGGCUCAGGGGUUUGGUGACAAUAGAGAACAUCACCUAUGGGAUUGAGCCCAUGGAUUCCUCUUCCGAUUCCAAACACAUUAUGUAUCGAUUGGAUAACGUGAAGAGAGAGCCUGUGAUGUGUGGAGUAACCACUGAAGACCAUGAAAGGGAACAUACAGAGGAAAAUCACUAUCCCAGUAUGACUCAGCUGCUGCGCAGAAAAAGAGCUGUCCUACAUCAAACAAGAUAUGUGGAGCUGUUCAUAGUUGUGGAUAAAGAAAAGUUUGAAGAUUUUGGGAAAAGUGAAACAGAAGUAAGAGAACACAUGGUGCAACUGGCAAACUUCCUUGACAGUAUGUACAUCAUGCUGAAUAUCCGCAUUGUACUGGUUGGUCUAGAGAUCUGGAAGCAUGAAAACAUAAUUAGCACAGAUGGAGGUGCUGGUGAUGUGCUGGCGAACUUUGUACAGUGGCGAGAGAAGAAUCUAGUUACGCGUCGAAGACAUGACAGUGCCCAGUUUGUUCUGAAGAAGGGGUUUGGUGGAACAGCUGGAAUGGCCUAUGUUGGAACAGUGUGCUCCAAGAGCCAUGCAGGAGGAAUUAAUGUGUUUGGAAGAAUCAGUAUACAGAUGUUUGCAUCGAUUGUUGCUCAUGAACUCGGACAUAACCUCGGAAUGAACCAUGAUGAUGAAAGAGUCUGUCACUGUGGAGCAAGCAGUUGUAUUAUGAGCUCUGGAGCAUCGGGAUCUAGAAACUUCAGCAGCUGCAGUGCAGAAGACUUUGAGAAGCUGACUCUCAACAAAGGCGGAAGCUGCCUGCUCAACGUUCCUAAGCCUGAUGAAACCUAUAGUGUCCCGUACUGUGGGAACAGGCUGGUAGAUGCUGGUGAGGAGUGUGACUGCGGUUCACCAAAGGAAUGCGAAACUGAUCCUUGCUGUGAGCCUGGCACUUGCAGGCUCCGAUCGGGUGCUGAAUGUGCUUAUGGUGACUGCUGUAAAAACUGCCAGUUCCUUCCUGGAGGAACUGAGUGCCGGGCAAGCAACAAUGAGUGUGACCUUCCCGAGUAUUGCAACGGAACUUCCCAGUUCUGCCAGCCUGACUUCACGGUUCAGAACGGUCACCCGUGCCACAACGAGGAGGCCUAUUGUUACAAUGGUGUUUGCCAGUACUAUGAUGCACAAUGUCAGGAUAUCUUUGGCUCAAAAGCGAAAGCUGCCCCCAACAUUUGUUUUGCUGAAGUGAAUUCCAAGGGUGACAGGUUUGGCAACUGUGGUUUCCAUGGCCAUGACUACAAGAAAUGUUCCAGCUGGAAUGCCAUGUGUGGGAAGCUGCAAUGUGAAAAUGUGAAAACAAUGCCUGUUUUUGGAAUUAAACCUGCCAUUAUCCAGACUCCUAUUAGAGGCACUACGUGCUGGGGUGUGGAUUUCCAGCUAGGCUCUGAUGUUCCUGAUCCAGGAAUGGUGAAUGAAGGCACCAAAUGUGAUACUGGAAAGAUCUGCAGGCACUUCCAGUGUGUGAGUGCCUCUGUUCUGAACUAUGACUGUGAUGUAGAAAGAAAAUGUCAUGGACAUGGGGUGUGCAAUAACAACAGGAACUGUCACUGUGAAGCAGGCUGGGCCCCUCCUUACUGUGAUACAAAAGGCUAUGGAGGAAGUCUUGACAGUGGACCUCCUUAUAAUGACAAAGACACUUCACUGAGAAAUGGGCUGCUGGUAUUCUUUUUCCUGAUCCUCCCACUCCUUGUAGCUGCUGCUCUGGCAUUUGCAAAGAGGGACAAGCUGAAGCGAUGGUUUAGAAGAUUGAUGUCACGCUGUCAUUCGUCCUUUCAGUCACCACCUCCUAGAGCAGAAGCUGAACCCAGAGACUACCAACCCAGGGGCUUUUCACAUGGCAUGCCUUAUGGUUCAAGAAGUGUACCCAUGGACAUGGAACCCAAUGCAUUUCCUGUGCCAUCCUACCCAGUUAACCAGCAUCCUCAGCAGGCUUACCACCAGUCUUACUACCCAUCUCCACACUACCAGGCACCACAGCCACAGAAGCUGCCUGCAAGGCCGCCUCCUCCGCAACAGAAAUGUGUACCUCAGGGACCUCCUCCAUCACAGCAAAAAUGUUUACCUCAGGGACAGUAUUUUCCUUCUCGACCUGCACCUUUGCCUCCCAAAUAGCUUUGGCUUCUUUGGGGCCUUCACAUGAGCUGACCUGUUCACUGAAACAAAGCUGAAAUGGUAUUUAUCCUCCUUGCAUUGAGUGGCCCAUGGUAAUCCCAGAAAGCCUUCCUUCUGCAGCCUUGGAUAAGGCAAAUGAGAUAUUGAAACACGGAAUGUAAAACUUUAAACUAAAUACCUCUACCAAAGCUACAGGAACUGAAUACAUCAAACCCGUUGUUAGAUCUGUCCGAGUAUUGUGGCUUUGUAAACUGCAGCAGGGCUGUCCAGCUGGAAGUGGAUCAGUCUGCAGUUAAAUAAUCCUUAAAGUACAGCACUUGGGAGUUGCUUGUGGUUUCCCCAUUUCUGCGAUGAGCCCUAAUAAUGAAAUUGUCCGAUUUGUUGUCGUCUUUCUAAAUGUGCAGUGAAGAACUGAAGUAAUACAUACCAUUGUCAAAACAAGAAAAUCUGGCCAAUUUAUUUAAACUUGCUUUGUAUGGACUGGAAAGUGUUAUCCAUUUAAACAUAAAUGGCACAAGUGAAAUAAGGUAUCAGUGUACUUUUUCAGAGGAAGAUAAAUAUAUUGUAAACAUGUUUAUGCAUGUGUAUAUGUUUAUUGAUGUGUAAUAAUGCACUCAAAUUCUUACUUUCAUGCUGACUGACACUAAGCUGUACUAUAUGGACGUGAAGUUUAAUUUAAUGGUUUUAAAUUAGUAAUUGUAAGUUGCUAAAUGAGAAACCUGUACUAAUUUCCACUAACAUCAUGAAUGGGCAAUAAAAAUAAAGGUACGAGAAAACAUGGCCAUAUUUUGGUUUAAAAAAGUGGCAUGCUUUUUGGCUUUAAUUUGGGUUUAAAGACUAUGAAUGACAGUCCCUACAGAAGCAAAAAAUACAUGUUUCCUUAGACCACUCGAGCUUCUAUGAGCACUUUAAAUAGGAACCUGUCGAUUAAUGCAAACUUUUCACUUAAUCUUUGAAUCUUUUUAGUGUCAGUCAGGAUGUUUACAUAGGCUAACUUGCAGUAGAUUGGACUGCCAUCAGUUUCUGCACCACUGACUAAAUCAGGUUUUAAUAUUGUUUCUGAAAAUGAGUGUUUUAGCCUCUGGUGUGCUGGCUGAGGAGAGGAGGUUUGGUUAACCACGGUACCCUGUACCGUAGCUAGGAACGGGAUGAUGGUGGCCGCGAGCAGAAGUCUGUUAGACAAACUUGCCGAAAGCGAAGUAAGUGUUGAAAGAAGGCUUAGCUGUUUCACUUUGUGCUAGCCACUGAAUACAAACUCGCUCUGUAAAUUCCCCCAUAGUAUUGCCAAAAAAAGUUUCCUGUGUAUAUACCUAUAUAAAUAUAUAUAUAUAUAUAUAUAGUGUUUGCAUUUGCAGUAAUAAAAUACUUGAACUCCUGUGGUUUCCCAUAAAGUUAGACUAAGAUUUAUAACACUGUUAAAAUACAUGAAACUUCACCUAAAAUAUCACGAGAUUUCUAUGUGGGGGUCUUCUGUAGAUAGUCGCUUAGUUUUUGUCGUAUUCUGCGCGGUUUGGGCUGGCUGUGGCUGCUCAGCUUUGCUAUCGAACGAGGCAGGUGCCUGUUCAUGUCUCUCCAAGCAGUUCGCGACAUGAACGGCCGCGUCGGAGGGUGGGGAGGAGCGAAGGGAAUCCAAUAAUGAAGUAAUCCAAGCGAAAGAUGGACUUAGCGGUAUUUAAAGCUGUCUGUGUGAAUUAAAACUGUGCUGAAAAUGGUGCCUUCUAAUAGAUAAGAGUUUUUAUACCUUGAGCAUGCGUGUUAGCAAUAUUUGCAGGGCAGUGGUCUGAGGCAACAAACAUGCAGGUUUUAGAGCUGAUUUUGUGGAAAGGAAAUAGCUCAAAUUUUAAAUGUGUUGAAUAUUGAAGAUAACUACUGAUUUUCUUUUUUUAAGUGUACAUUUAUCCCUGUCACCCGACUAGAUUUGAACAAAUUGGAAGCUUUUGUGUGUGUCUGAUACUCGUUUAAAACCUUUGCACUCCAGACAAUGUACGUCCGCCUGUUUUCUGUAACCUCCCCGGGCUCAGAGCCGCGUGUCACUUUUGUAACGUCGGGGUUACGACGAAGGGCUUUUCACCGAACCCGUUUGUAAGAAAUAAACGAGCAAUAAAGAGGCCGGUUUUGUACAAA